GCGGAGUUUGGUUGAGUCAGGCGAUGCUUCGGUGCCUUUAACGAUGCAACGCGGAGCUUCCUCCGGGCCGGGUGGACCUGGAUUGUGACGCGGGUUGAGUGUUGCAACCUUCUAGAUUCUAGAAAUUGUCCCUUAACGAGCAAGGAAGGAGGAGCUUUCGGUUCGUGGUGGCGGCUACGCUGGGGUUCUGGGAGCCCCGUCUCCUGCUUCCACCGGCCCCUCUGCCAGCCCUACAAACUUUCAGCCAUGCUGACCAAAGGAUGAAUUUGGGGGAUCACGACCUGCUGUCUGCGCGGGAGCAGUUAUUCCACGAGAGGGUCCGCGAGUGUAUUAUCUGCACCCUUCUUUUUGGCAGCCUCUACAUCCUGUGCUACUUCAUCUUAACCUAUUUCAAAAGGCACACAGACUUCACUACAGUUGAUGAAGAUGCUGCGGUCAAUCGGAUUGCGCUGUGGCUGUGCACCUUCACUCUGGCUGUGUCCCUGGGGGCAGUACUUCUGCUGCCCUUCUCCAUCAUUGGCAAUGAAGUCCUGCUUUCCUUCCCUCAAAAUUACUACAUCCAGUGGUUGAACGGCUCCCUCAUCCAUGGACUCUGGAAUCUUGUCUUCCUCUUCUCCAACCUCUCCCUUGUCUUCCUCAUGCCCUUUGCCUACUUCUUCACGGAGUCAGAAGGCUUUGCCGGAUCAAAGAAGGGGAUCAUGGCUCGGGUGUAUGAGACCUUUGUAGUCCUGCUGUUGCUAACCCUGUUGGUGCUGGGAAUGGUCUGGGUCGCCUCUGCUAUUUUGGACCAGGAUGGGGCGAGCAGGGAAAGUCUCUAUGAUCUCUGGGAAUACUACCUUCCCUAUCUCUACUCCUGCAUCUCCUUGUUUGGUGUCCUUCUGCUCCUGUGUAAGUUUUCCAUUGAUAGGGUGUUGAGUGCAUGUUUCCUGUCUUUUCAGCUCCUGGAGGACUUAGAUGAGCAACUGAGCUGCACAGGAUUUGAGGAAGCUGCCAUUUCUCGCAAGAUCAACUCUGGGAAAACAUCCUGCUGGCUCAACUUUGAUGUGGAAAUGUUGAGACAACAAUACCUAGCCAUUCAUGCACACAGGAUAACACUGGAAACCCGCCGCAAAGCUUCCGCUUGGCAAAGGAACCUGGGCUAUCCAUUGGCUAUGGUGUCUCUGCUGUCAUUGACGGGUAUCUCUGUUCUGGUUGUCUGCUUCCAUGUUCUGGAGCUGCUGUUGGAUGAUGCUGCAAUGCCUCGAGGAAUCCAGGACGCACCACUUGGAAAAGUUUCUUUCUCUGUCUUUGGCUCUUUUGGGGCAGCCAUGCAGGUCAUUCUGAUAUUUUAUUUAAUGAUCUCCUCUGUUGUGGGAUUCUAUAGCUCCCCAUUUUUCAUCAAACUGCUACCUGAGCAACACAACACAGCCAUGACUAAGAUCAUUGGGAACUGUGUCUCCCUCUUGGUGUUGAGUUCUGCACUCCCUGUGUUGUCUCGCACGUUGGGGAUUACCAGAUUUGACUUGCUAGGAGACUUUGGGAGGUUUAACUGGCUGGGAAACUUCUACAUUGUUUUCCUCUAUAAUAUGCUCUUUGCCGGACUCACAACUCUUUGCUUGGUGAAGAAGUUCACCUGGACUGUGCAGGCAGAACUCAUCAGGGCAGUUGGCCUCCACAAGCUGCCUCUGCCUGUGACCCGGUCUUACCAACCGAGCAAGCUCAGCUAAAACAAGAGUUGUGCCUAGAUUGAGCUUGGCAUGGACUAUGGAUAGACCUUUCUGACUUUGUGCUCGUGUUCUGAGCCAAUCAGUGGAGGGGGAAGAGGUCAGGAACUUCCUUAUUCUGAUCCUUGUUUUAACUGACAUCCUGACAGGACUGCGAGAUGAAGAAGCCGCGUCCUUCAGUUGUGUGGCCUCUUCUUCCUGCCUUCCAGAAGCCUGAGGAACGACAGGCUUCAGCACAAGAAAGGCCUUUGGGAUUUCGAUUAAGGUGCUUUUCUGACAAGAGCAAGAGAAUGUGCAGUUUGUUUUAAAAAAAAAAAAGCAAAACAGCAGCAGAAAUAGGUUAUGAAGAGGACAAAGGACUGAGACCGAUAAAUAAAAUGAGCUGCUAGACCAAUUUUUAGGGGGCAAGAUGAAGGUUUAGCCUGCUGGAGAUAGAGCUUGUGUCCCUCAUCAUGUUAAAAGAUGCUGCCGUUCUCUAUUAUUGGGGGCUUUCCCCUUCCCUUUUGUUUACAUGUGUCUUAAAAAUCAUACCUACCCUGGCCUCCUUUCUCUCACAAAAUCCUGUGGUCCAAAGAGGCCAAGUUCUGAGUGGUUUGUUUUUUUUAAACUCGGUUUUGUACCUCACUCAAGUGCAAUAUAAGUUGGCACGAUUGGGCCACAUAUUCCAUUCAGCAGCCAACUUUGUAUGUUUGCGUGUAUGUGUGUGUGAAGGGUGAUUGUUUUGAGUUUUGAGCGCCUGUGUCAUUCAGAAUGACUACUGUAAUGCAUUAUGCUUCACUCUUUCAUAGCAAUAGGUUUCCACAUAGGAUCCAAUCAGUUUUUUCCUUGAUGAAUUUUUACAGUUUAGCCCAGCCAGGAGGAAUCCACUGCCAUACCAUUAUGGGGCAGCCAAUCUUCUGAGUCUAAAGCUCAGACUUCAAGAAUAUUCAUGCAGCCUUUCUGUCUCCUUCUCAUUCAUGUCAGCUUUCGGGUAGUAAAUUCCUCACUGAGUGGACUUCAUAAUUACUUUGCCUAAUUUUCCCACUCAGAUUCUAGGAAGGGCACCCCAGAGGCAUUGUCCAGUUCUCGUAACAGGGCAAUUAGUUCCCGUUAUUGGUAAAUAUUGGAUGCUUUAGGCAUAUAUGGAUAUUUAUGCAAUAUGGUAGAGAAAAUCAUAUUUUUCCUCCCCCAACUAUUCAUAAUUGUUUGAGAUUUUUUUUUUAUUAAUGUCGUUGGGGCCAUGGAAUGCCACCCCUGCUCCAGAAGUUUUCAGCUUUUUUUUUUUGCUGUAACUGGCAUUCUAGCCUCAUGUCUGUAUCUACUGUGAAUGCUUCCACUGGAAGUCUCUCAGCACUUGAAUGUUUUUACCAGAUUUCAGCUUUCAUUGAAAUAACACGAAGCUUAAUCCUUCAUUUUAUGGUGAAAAACAGUAAGCAGGUUGGCUACAAAUGGGAAGACGGCCACCAGAUGGGCCAGCAUUGAACAGGAGGGUCAUUUAUCCCCAUGUGGGCUUUUUGAAUUGCAAGCAUGGCACUUUCCCAGCAUCAAAGCUUCUGUUGUAGAUAGGUAGGGUUAUCAAGCCCCGCAGCUGCCCUGUCUAUCGUUGCAGCAUAUCCCUUUGUGCAUAACUCAGAGGAUUGAAGAUUACAUGGUGAUGACAGUGAGCCAUUUGUCUCCAUAGAUGAUAAAGCUGGAGCUGAAAAAAACCUCAAUGUUUCAAAGUCUGCAUUCUCCACAGAGCCACCUUUUAACCAUGCCCAAAAAGAUACUUUCAGAUAUGAAUGUACUGCAUUUCCCAGAAUUUUCAAUCAACAUAUUCAAAAGCUCUGCAGGCUGUGAGUUCUAGGACUUGCACUCCCCAAUCAGCCAGAGGAUGCCCAGUUGAAUUAAAGGUGGCCUAAAUU